UUGAAAAAAUUCAGAAGGGUGAGACAGCCAAGAAGGAGGAAGAAGAGAAUUACCUGGAUUUGUUCUCCCACAAGAACAUGAAACUGAAGGAACGAGUUCUGAUCCCUGUCAAGCAGUACCCCAAGUUCAACUUCGUUGGGAAGAUUUUGGGACCCCAAGGCAACACCAUAAAGAGGCUUCAGGAAGAAACUGGUGCAAAAAUCUCUGUGCUGGGGAAAGGUUCCAUGAGGGACAAAGCCAAGGAGGAGGAGCUGCGCAAGGGCGGCGACCCCAAGUACGCCCACCUCAACAUGGACCUGCACGUUUUCAUCGAGGUCUUCGGGCCGCCCUGCGAGGCCUACGCCCUCAUGGCCCACGCCAUGGAGGAGGUCAAGAAGUUCCUGGUCCCUGACAUGAUGGACGACAUCUGCCAGGAGCAGUUCCUGGAGCUCUCCUAUCUCAACGGGGUCCCGGAGCCCAACCGCGGCCGAGGCGUCCCCGGGCGGGGCCGGGGGGCAGCCCCGCCUCCCCCUCCCCCUGUGCCAAGGGGCCGCGGGGUCUGCGCCCCGCCCCCGCGGGGGGCGCUGGUGCGGGGGGCCACACGAGUGUGGCUCACCCCUGCCAGCCCCGGGGCUCCCUCUGCUGUGCCUGAGCCCUUUCCCUGUGGAUUCCCAGCAUUUCCAGGCUCUGCAAUCUGCUUUGGGUUGCAUUUGGUUCCUUUUGGGUCCUUCUGUGACACUUUUUUGUCCCCAUCCCCACAGGGCUACGAUGACACGUACGCAGAGCAGAGCUACGAGGGCUACGAGGGCUACUACAGCCAGGGCCAAGGGGAUACAGAAUAUUAUGAUUAUGGACAUGGGGAGGCACAGGAAACCUAUGAAGCUUAUGGCCAAGAUGACUGGAAUGGAACCCGGCCCUCCCUGAAGGCCCCCCCAGCCCGGCCAGUCAAGGGGGGCUACAGGGAGCACCCCUACGGCCGCUACUAACCCCAAAACCGGGG